AUGGGUGGAGGUCCAAAGAUUCGCUACCCGACUCACGUCUGGUCUCCUGCCGGUGGUUGGUACGCACAGCCGAGCAAUUGGAAGUUCAAUACGUUUGUCAUCGGUAGCACCGCGCUUGGGCUUGCCGCAUUACUCUUCAACUACAGCGCGCAGCAUGAACACCGUGACAAGUUCCCCGAACCAGGCCGCUUCUUCCCCAGCCGAUGGUGGAGCAAACAAAUUAUUGAGCAUGAGCGAGCAUUGGCUUCGAAAAGUGAUUCGUGA